GAAGCACAGUUCACUAUGAUCUUACUCACAUUCAGCACUGGAAGACGGUUGGAUUUCGUGCAUCAUUCGGGGGUAUUUUACUUGCAAACCUUGCUUUGGAUUUUAUGUGCUACCGUCUGCGGAACGGAGCAGUAUUUCAAUGUGGAGGUUUGGUUACAGAAGUACGGCUACCUUCCACCGACUGACCCCAGAAUGUCGGUGCUGCGCUCUGCAGAGACCAUGCAGUCUGCCUUAGCUGCGAUGCAGCAGUUCUACGGCAUUAACAUGACAGGAAAAGUGGACCGAAACACAAUUGACUGGAUGAAGAAGCCUCGAUGUGGUGUACCUGACCAGACAAGAGGUAGCUCCAAGUUUAAUAUUCGUCGAAAGCGGUAUGCGUUAACAGGACAGAAGUGGCAGCACAAGCAUAUCACUUACAGUAUAAAGAACGUAACUCCAAAAGUAGGAGACCCUGAAACCCGUAAAGCUAUUCGUCGUGCCUUUGACGUGUGGCAGAAUGUAACUCCUCUGACGUUUGAAGAAGUUCCCUACAGUGAAUUAGAAAAUGGCAAACGUGAUGUGGAUAUAACCAUCAUUUUUGCAUCUGGCUUUCAUGGAGACAGUUCUCCCUUUGAUGGAGAGGGAGGGUUUUUGGCACAUGCCUAUUUCCCUGGACCAGGAAUUGGGGGAGAUACUCAUUUUGACUCAGAUGAGCCAUGGACACUAGGAAAUCCUAAUCAUGAUGGAAAUGACUUAUUUCUUGUAGCGGUUCAUGAACUGGGACAUGCUCUGGGACUGGAGCAUUCCAAUGACCCUACUGCCAUCAUGGCUCCAUUUUACCAGUACAUGGAAACUGACAACUUCAAACUACCUAAUGAUGAUUUGCAGGGCAUCCAGAAAAUAUAUGGUCCACCUGACAAGAUUCCUCCACCAACAAGACCUCUACCGACAGUGCCCCCACACCGCUCUAAUCCUCCAGCUGACCCAAGGAAGAAUGACCGGCCCAAACCUCCCCGGCCUCCCACUGGCAGACCUUCCUAUCCUGGAGCCAAACCCAACAUCUGUGAUGGGAACUUUAACACUCUAGCUAUUCUUCGCCGUGAGAUGUUUGUUUUCAAGGACCAGUGGUUUUGGCGAGUAAGAAACAACAGGGUGAUGGAUGGAUACCCCAUGCAAAUUACUUACUUCUGGCGGGGCUUGCCUCCUAGUAUCGAUGCAGUUUAUGAAAACAGUGAUGGGAAUUUUGUCUUCUUUAAAGGUAACAAAUAUUGGGUGUUCAAGGACACGACUCUUCAACCUGGUUACCCUCAUGACUUGAUUACUCUUGGAAGCGGAAUUCCCCCUCAUGGUAUUGAUUCAGCCAUUUGGUGGGAGGACGUUGGGAAAACCUAUUUCUUCAAGGGGGACAGGUAUUGGAGAUAUAGUGAAGAAAUGAAAACCAUGGAUCCUGGCUAUCCCAAACCAAUCACAGUCUGGAAAGGUAUCCCCGAAUCUCCUCAGGGAGCCUUUGUGCACAAAGAAAAUGGCUUUACGUAUUUCUACAAAGGAAAGGAGUAUUGGAAAUUCAACAACCAGAUACUCAAGGUAGAACCUGGAUAUCCCAGAUCCAUCCUCAAGGAUUUUAUGGGCUGUGAUGGACCAACAGACAGAGAUAAAGAAGGACACAGCCCACCAGAUGAUGUAGACAUUGUCAUCAAACUGGACAACACAGCCAGCACUGUGAAAGCCAUAGCUAUUGUCAUUCCCUGCAUCUUGGCCUUAUGCCUCCUUGUAUUGGUUUACACUGUGUUCCAGUUCAAGAGGAAAGGAACACCCCGCCACAUACUGUACUGUAAACGCUCUAUGCAAGAGUGGGUGUGA